GCCAGGAGCCGCGGGGUCUGCAGGCAUGAGACGAAAGAGAAAAGAAGACGAUGUGAAUCACAGAGCUCUUAUGAAAUUCACUCGUGGAUUUUGGAGAAUGUUUUGGACGCUGAGGUGCUGGAUUAUGAUCAUUUUCCUGGCAGGCGUCCUGCCUCCCUGUUGCUCGGGGGUCCAGGUGGUCGUGAGAGACGAGAAGAAGUAUGCUGUGCUGUUCCAGUCGGUGGUGCUGCCGUGCCACUACACCAGCGCGUCCACCCAGAUCCCCGUGGUGCAAUGGGUGUACAAGUCAUACUGCCACGACCGCACGCGGGACUCAUUCAGCUUCCCCGACAGCCUGAGUGGAAGCGGAGGCCUGGGUGGCGGGAUGAGAGGCGGAACCGGAGGAGGGUAUGACACAGGGAUGACGGCGUCCUACCUGGACUGCGCCGACAGCAGCCGGACGGUCCGCAACGUGGCCUCCAUCUCUGGCUCCUCUGUCACCCUGUCAGAGUACUACAAGAACCGAGACAUCUCCAUCAUUAACAAAGCAGACCUGCGCAUCGGGGAGGUCCAGUGGGGCGACAGUGGCGUUUACAUCUGUAAAGUGGUGAUAUCUGAUGAUCUGGAGGGAAACAGUGAAGCCCCCGUGGAGCUGCUGGUGCUGGGUUUCUCAGGUGUGCCUGAAGAUCUCCUGCCAGACUUUGAUUUGAAGAUUAUGCCAGAGUGGGUGUUUGUGGCGGCAGUGGCUCUGGGCAGUGUGUUGUUCCUGCUGCUGCUGGGUGUGUGUUGGUGCCAGUGCUGCCCUCACUCCUGCUGCUGUUAUGUCAGCUGCUGCUGCUGCCCGGACACAUGCUGCUGCCCCAGACACUUGUAUGAGGCAGGUAAGGGUAUAAAGACAGGCACCUCCACCCCCCAGAUGGCCGCCUAUCCUCCUUACUUUGUCUCCGGUGUCCCAACCAUGGUCCCCAUCGCUCCCCCCUCUCUGGUCGAAAAGAUGUCCUCUGUCCCCGCCUCUGACAGCAGCCUACUGGCAGCAGUGCCAAUGCAUGGAGUAGGGGUCCCCUACCGCGUCCCCUCAUCUCAGGAUCAGGACUCUCUCAGGGUGCUGCAGUAUGUAGAGAAGCAGCUGGCUCACUUCAACCCUGCCAGGUCCAACAGCCACCAGUCCUGUAGCCUAUCAGAGCUGAGCUCGCUCCACGACGGAGACACCGGCUUCCGCCAAACAUACCGGAAUGUCCAGAAGAAAGCCCUGCCUGCCAUCCCCGACCAUGACCCUCAGGCCGAACCUCAGCGUUACCGCGACAACCGCAGCCCAGAAUUGGAGCGUUACCGUGAUGAUCCUCCUUCCCCUCAGCGCUACCGUGACGACCCCGAUGCGGAGCGCCAGCGUUACCAUGACGAGCCCCUUCCUCCACGGCGUUACAGUGAUGACCCCCCCUCCUCCUCUCAGACACGCAGACCCAACCGUAACCAACACCAACGCAACCAGAGUCAGGACGACCACCACAGCAGGUGGAACCCUCGCUCAGAACAUCUGCACAGGAAGACCUACCGCGCUGCCGGCCGGACCGGCUCACUGGAUGAGCUGGAGGAGUUCGCGGCCUCUUACAGGCAGAGAGGGAGCCGAGGGGCAGAUAAAGGGAGAGAAGAAAUGGGGGACUAUGAGAUGGAGCUUCUGGAGGUUAGUCGGUAUCCCGCCUAUCGGGAUGGUCCAGCCCAGCGUUAUCACAAUGAUGAAAACGAUCUUAGAGAUGACAGAGACCAAGAUGAUCAUCCAAGACGAGACAAGAAAAAUGGACACAAAAUCAGCCCACUGCCCUCUCCCACAAAGAGGAGGGGCACUUGGGACAGCGAGCGCCCUGUGCCACCACCUCCGCGUGUGAGUCCACCGUCAACUUCUUCUCGAGAGAAGGACUAUGACGGCACGUUCCUUUCUAGCCUGUUGGAGCGCAAGGCCAAGCUGCGUGGGGUCGGCCAGGGGAAGAGCAGGGCCCGGGGUGAAGAAGAUUCAGACACUCCCUCAAAGGGCAGCUCGAAAAAGAGCAGCGGUGAAUCUAGCCGCCAUUGUAGCCGCUCGCCUAGUAAUAGGCCUGAGGUGGGGGAAGGAGACUCACUACCCCCGUACUCAGAUACAGAGCGAAGUAGAACUGACAGGCCCUCUCCACGGCCGCUCCCCACAUACACCCGCCCUUCUCAGUCUCCUGCCCAAUCCCUGCCCGGUCGUCGAGAAGAGCCCAGAGAAAAGUCUCGCAAAGUGGGCACACUUCUCAGCCGAGAUUCUCUCAUCGUCUGAUUGACUGAAAGCCACCGUGACCGAGCGAGUGUACAGCCAUUGCUGGCUGCGGGAACGACAGAUCAGCCAAUAGGUUGACAGACUUACCUUUGUUAAUCCAUGUUGUGGAUUAUAUCGACCAAGGAAGGCACUCCAGAACACAAAAGAUGUUACAUUUUGUGUGGAGCAGAAGCAAAGCUGAAUCAGCACUGAUGAAUGAAGGAACACACACUUACGCAUGAACAUACACUCGUACAACACCAUCUAGUGUGCCACAGGGCUGUCUGUCUGUGACGUCGCUGACUGAUGAGGUCAUCGCUGCUCAGUUUCUGACACCAGCUGCCCCGUAUAUCCCAGUUCCACUGACACUGAACUAAUGCGGGGGUCCUGACCCGACUGUGUCCCGGCAGAACAAGGCCAGUCACCUCUAGUCCCUUUAGAAAAGACCCUGAUCCAGAGAGACUCCCUUUACGCCCCCAAAACAAGGGCUCCAUUCAUUUUCACUUGAUGAGACAACCACAUUAAACAAUCAUGGUUGUGAAACAGUGCAUGUAUGACAACACUGUCAUUGUGACGGAUCAAGCUUCAGUCCUAAGACACCAUACACUACAUAAACACACACUCAUUCCAUGUAUAGCAUGCAGUAACCUAUCCAGGGAUUCAAGAGACAGUAGCAGAGAAAAUUCAAUAUUAAUAAAACUGUUCCAUGUAAGUAGUAGGUGUAAAUUACCAAACGUAAAUAGCAAUGUGUAUCUGUGUUACUGGUAUUUUUCAUCUUAGAUGAAAGGAUGCCAGAGUUUGCACAAAAAUCAUGAUGUUCUCAAAGGGACUAAAGCCUGAUGGAAAUUUGAAAGCUGUUUUUGUUCAUUUUGAAGCUAUUGAGCUGCCACUUGUCUUAGUAUAAUGCCUUUUUUUAUAUAUCUAAACUCAACCUAUUUAUGAAAGUUGUGCUGACAUUUCAUGAUCGUUGUAAUUUGGAAAUCAUUGUGUUUGUCUAAGCACUUGUGAAUGACUGUGUACAUAAGAUGAAGUAGUUUUCCUUUGAUUGAUUUGACCUUUUCUUGUCUUAUCGCUGCUGUGUCAGCAAUUAAACCAACACCUGUAUCUGUUAUCUAACAGUGACUCACACACACAGAAAUAUUACUGAUAAUUUGUGGGCACCUGUACGUCUUGUUUCUUAUUUUGUCCGUUUUUUAUUUCAUUAUUGCUGCUUGAACUGUGCUGGGCAGACUCGCCUUGAGGCAACAUGAAUUCCAAUGUACUGCUCUGUUUUUGUUCUAUCAUUGUCAGAUUGUGUUUUCUGCCGUCUGGUACUGACUGUGUGUAUUUUGUGUGUGUGUGUGCGUGUGUGUAAGAGAGAGAGACACAGAGAGAGAGAGAGAGAGAAAGAAAGAGAGAUGCUUCCUUAGUUUUGCGUAUAUGAGACAAUGUGUAAUUGAGUAUGACUCAUGACCCACAACGUCUUUGUCCAUUGUAAUCACAGACUGCCUGUCCUUACAACGCAACAGGGUCAAAACAAGCUUAUAACACACUAAAAUCACACACACAUCGUUCAGUCAUCAUUUUCUUGAAUAACAUGUUCCCAUUUUGUAAUUUCCCUUUUUGUAACAUGGAUCUAUUUAUUAAACUGGCGAGAUGCAAUGUAGCUUAAUGCGAAGGUUACGGCCAGCUGUGUUUAUCUUUGCAUUUUCGCAGCCAAUAAACUCAG